AUGGACCCUGUUGGGCUAGCAGUCGGAGUUAUCGGGCUCGCUGGCCUAUUUUCGACCUGUCUUGACUUGGUUAAAAGGGUUGAUAACUACAAGCACUUCAAAAAAGACGAGCAGAUCUUAGCUACCCAAUUCGCGGCCUACAGGCUCCGUUUUGAGAGAUGGGGCAAAACUUUGGGACUGGACCAGACAGCGUUGUCAGGGAACCAGACGGUGUUGGCAGGGAGUCAGACAGCGUUAUCAGGGAACCAGACGUUGUCAGGGAAUCAGACGGCAUUGUCAGAAGACCAGCACGAGGCUCUUGGCAACCCCGACACAUUGGAGACUGUGCGUAAACUUAUCGAGAUCAUCCGCGAAAUAUUGAAGCCGUUUCGAAUAAGUUUGCGGCCUAGAAAGGCAAAACUCUCAUGGGCCCUGAAGGGCAAGGCAAAAAGAGAGGACCAAGUAGAGCUUUUUGGGAAGUUAAUCCAACACUUACAUCACCUUGUACCCAUAGAGACU